CAGCGAGGCAAAGAGGCCAAUAGAGGUACACUGAAGUCAGAAGGUAGAGAUCCUCUAUCGUACUUCAACCACUGGCUGCGAGUGUGAAAGCGAACGAAGAAAAGAACAAGCAAACGAGACAGCAAUCCAUUCAUCCAUCUUGCAUAAAACCGCGAAAACCAUGAAUUUCGGAGAUGAAACCGGCAUGGAGGGCCAUGGAAUGAUGAUGGCGGAACAGCAGCAACAGCAAUACGGGAAUGACGAAAUGAUGAUGGAUGCCGAAGGAGGAGGUGGUGGUGGCUACGAAGGCGAGGACGGGAUGAUAGACAUCGACGAGGUUCCAGUCACGCAGGAAGACUCGUGGGCCGUAAUUUCUGCGUAUUUCGAAGAAAAGGGUCUCGUCCGGCAGCAGCUCGAUUCCUUCGACGAGUUCAUUCAGAACACGAUGCAGGAACUCGUCGAUUCCUCGGGAGACAUUCGGGUCUCCCCGGAACUCCAGCACAUGGUCGGAUACAACGACGACGAGGAUGCAGACGACGUCCAGUUCGGGGAGACCAAGCCCGUCUUUGAAAUCAAAUUCGGCCAGGUCUAUCUCUCGAAGCCGACCACGGUCGAAAAGGACGGAACCGUUACCAACAUGUUCCCCCACGAGGCGCGUCUACGAAACCUGACCUAUUCGGCACCUCUCUACGUGGACGUCAUGAUGAACCAGUACCGCGUUCCGCGGGAUAUCAACAUUACUGACCCGGCAGAGGACAUGGGAGAGGCCGAGUCCACGGAACAUGCCAAAAAGGAAUUUCUUGGGUACGUGCCGAUCAUGCUCAGGUCUCUUUUUUGUGUGCUCAGUGACAAGGACGAUACAGAUCUAAGCGAUCUAGGGGAGUGCAUCUAUGAUCAGGGUGGGUACUUUGUCAUUAACGGAAGCGAAAAAGUCAUUAUUGCGCAGGAACGCCUGUCCAACAACCACGUCUACGCAUUCCGAAAGAAGCAGCCCUCAAAAUUCUCCUGGGUCAUCGAGACGCGAUC